CGCACCCAGUCGCACUGUCGGACAUCGUCGACAGCAAGAUGGCGACGUUUGUAAGAGCGUAGUAAGAGGUGUGUGAGUUUUGGCAAAUUUCGCCAGUUGUGACGUUCCGAGUGGUUGUCAGCGGUGUUCUCUGGCUCGUGAUCGCGUGCAAAGAUGACUGCAGGCACCAGUCUAGUGGUGCCCAUAGUGCUGUGGGGACGCAUUGCACCGACCCAUUGCAUCUCUUGCGUCUAUUUGUCGCGGGAUCAAAAGACACUGGUGACAGGAUGUUACGACGGGCAAAUAUGCUUGUGGCAAGUGGAUCCGGAAACAUUGAAGAUGACGCCGAGGUGUUUGCUCGUUGGACACACUGCGCCCAUAAUGUGCCUCAGCCGAGCCAGCGUCGUAAUGGAACAGAACUUCAUUGUCAGCAGCAGCGAGAGCGGAGAGAUGUGCACCUGGGAUCUGGUUGAUGGAAAAUGUCGCGAAGCGGUGAAACUUAACAACGUUCACACACAGAUGUUACCUUACGUUUCCGCGGGCGGAGAGGACGUCAGACUGUUCUGCUCCGGAUACUAUCCUGAGGUUUUGGUGAUGGACCCAUUCAGUCUGGAGGUGUUGUUUACUCUGAGCUCUCGCGUCAAUCCAGACUGGAUUAGCGCUUUGCACGUUUUGCGGCCGGCCAAACGGAAAGACGACGUUGUGCUGGCCCUGACGACGACGGGCACGGUCAAAGUGUGGACGCUCUUGGGACACGAGAAUCGGAAUAGCGAGCCGCUGUACGAGCAUGAAAGUAAACAGAUCCGUUGUCUGAAUGCACUCGCGAUGACUUGCUGCCCCUAUAAUCAGAGAACGGUACUCAUUGUGUGCUCCAAAUAUUGGCAGAUUUUUGACGCUGGUGAUUUCUCGGUUCUCUGCUCGAUAACGGCUCCACGCGGUGAGCGUUGGAUGGCGGGCGACUUCUUGGCCGCCGACAGGGUCAUCCUGUGGAGCGACGAGGGCCACGGAUAUUUGUACAAGCUCCCAGCAAAGAUUCUGGUACAACUUGACAGCAAGCUGAAGGGCAAGGCUCUCAGCAGUAGCGUUGCGGACAACAAGAACUUCCAUACCGCCGGUGCCGAGUAUGAUCAACCGUAUCUUUACUGCACACUAACACAACCCGGGGAUAAGCCUCUUUCCUGCCCGCCGGCCAUGCGACUGGUCACCGUGCAGCGUCAAAACAAGACUCUCAAGUACCUGCUACGCGGGGACAGCGAGGGUGUCGUUAUUCUGUGGACGGUACCGGAGAUGACAAUGCAACAGCUCUCCCAGAUAUGCCAGAACGACGGAUCUGCGCCACCGGCAUUGGCGCCAACCAUAAAAACGAGUCUCACCGCUGCCUGGGAUGCGAUGAAGCCACCUCCCGUGGGGAUACUGGAUCAGUUGGACUCCGGCGAUGGACAGGGUAUCAAGCUUACUGCUUGUAUCUACCUACCGCAGCAAAGUCGGCUAGUUGUCGGUCGUGAGGACGGUAGCAUCAUCAUCGUGCCGGCGACGCAAACUGUGAUGCUUCAGUUACUCCAUGGCAAUCAUCAGCAGUACGAUGAUUGGCCGCCACAUCAGGUUCUCCUGGGUCACUCGGGACGAGUAAAUUGUCUGCUCUAUCCUCACGGCGCGGCGCCUCGUUAUGAUCGCACUCAUCUUGUUUCUGGUUCCGUCGAUUUUGCUGUCUGCCUUUGGGACCUGUACGCUGGCACGUUGAUUCACCGGUUUUGUGUUCACGCUGGCGAAAUCACGCAGUUGAUGGUGCCACCCGACAAUUGCAGUCCCAGGAUACAGAAAUGCGUUUGCAGCGUCGCAUCGGAUCACAGCGUCACUUUACUCUCGUUGGCCGAAAGGAAAUGCGUCGUUCUUGCAUCGCGACAUCUUUUCCCAGUCGUGACUAUCAAGUGGAGACCGUUAGACGACUUCAUGAUAGUCGGAUGCUCGGAUGGUGCUGUGUACGUCUGGCAAAUGGAGACUGGUCACUUGGAUCGCGUACUGCACGGUAUUAUUGCGGAAGAGGUGCUCUAUGCAUGCGAUGAGAAUACCAUAGCUGCGGCCGGCGGAUCCGCCGCCGGCGGUGAACUGGGACUAGCUAAUCCUGCCGUGCAUUUCUUUAGGGGUUUGCGCCAUCGGAAUUUGUCGGCCAUUAGGCACGCAACGCAGAGGGGACUGCAUCAGUUGCAGCAGCUUCACGGUGGGCACGGUCCCGAUCACGGUAAUCAGAUAAAGGCCAAGGGUUCACCGCUGAUGAUUCAGGGCUUCAGGAGUAACCCGAAGGACCCCGAGAGUCACAUUUUGUUUUUCGAUAUAGAAGCGCUGAUAGUACAAUUGCUCAGCGAUGAGUACGGUGCGAUGUCACCCGGUUCCUUAGAAGCACAGGGCCUGAUUUCCGCCGCCGAGUACCAGAAAGUUGCAGCGCUCACUCAGUCCGCCAGUCCUGACGCGCACAAGAAGAUUGUUGACUUUUUCGGUCGCGUCAAGGAUAAGGCAGGCGAUGUUGAACGAAUAUUGAAGGAGAAGGAUCGUCACGGUAUAUUGGCUAAAAUGAAGGAGGGUGCGGAGAAUGUGCACACUAAAUUACAGGCUAAAGCAGAAAGCGUCGGCCUCAAGCCGUCGACAUUUGACGGCAAAGGCGAAAACUGGAGUAACAGCGAUGCGGCGAAGAACAAUUUGAAACGAAACGGUGCGUUUAGCGAACCAAACGCGACGAUGGAAGUGGCACAGUUGCUUCUGAGUCUCUUGCACGCUUGGGGCAUGGAUCCAGACUUGGACCGAGUUUGCGAGGGAAAAUUGGGUUUACUGCGGCCUAUGGUUCCCGUUUCAUUCGGUGUACUGUCCAAAGGAGGCUACAUGUCAUUACUACUACCCACCUGGCAAACGCAGCUUGAACCGGUCGGCGAACCUGCCACACAAUUGGAGCAACGCUUACCAGCUGAACUGGUCAGGCAGGAGAGGCUCACUAGAGCUUUCACGGCGAGGGCACAUUGGGAAUUGUCGACGACUUUAACAAGCAAUCAUUUGUUGGCGGUGGUCGCUCUGGCGAACACUUUGAUGUCAAUGAACAACGCGACGUUUGUACCUGAGCAAGAACGAAACCGUAAGAUGCACAGACCGGGCAACAGAGGAGCGAUGAGCUGGAAUAAAACGGAAGAGGAAAACGAAGAGAUGUACACGGUACAGCAAGCGCAGAUCAAGCAGGGUUGGUCUCUCUUGGCAACACUGCACUGCGUUUUGUUACCUGACAAGGUCGCGGUGCAGGGUGGCGCGAAGACUUUCAAGCGGCCACAAGUAGAGAUGAUGGCACGAAGGUGGCAACAUCAGUGCGUGGAGAUUCGCGAAGCGGCGCAGGCUCUGCUGCUCGCUGAAUUGGGCAGGAUGGGCCCGAAGGGGCGCAAAGCGCUUGUCGAUAACUGGUCGCAGUAUUUACCGAUGUACAGUACUCAGGAGCCUAUCGCGCCGCAAACGCAGAACCAAAGUUCGGCACCUGGCAGCCCAGUGCCGCCGUCUGAAUCGCAACCGGAGGAAGAAGAUGAGGAGGAGGAGCUGGCGGAAGCAGAGAUAAGUAUAGCCAGGAAGCCGUCGAGCGUGGCAGAAUUAAAGCGAAAGCAGACCACGGCGGUUGUGCUACUGGGCGUGAUAGGCGCUGAAUUUGGUCAGGAUGUAACCACCGCGAAUCAGAAGAGGGACAACGAGCAACGGCGGAAGAGCUCGAUCGUCGAAGGCUUCGGCAUAGGAAAUAACAAUCUCGCCAGGCACACCAGCAUGGCGCUCACGCACUUAUUGCACGCGCCUCACUCUCCGAAACUGCCGUUGCACACGGCGCUACGGAGGGCUGCGAUUGAUCUUAUUGGUAGAGGAUUCACCGUGUGGGAACCGUACCUCGAUGUAUCGAAGGUAUUGCUGGGUCUGCUGGAAAUGUGUUGCGACGCGGACAAAUUAGUGCCAAGUCUGACCUACGGCCUUCCCCUUACACCGCAGGCCGACACUUGCCGUACUGCGCGCCACGCCUUGACGCUGAUCGCCACCGCCAGACCAGCCGCCUUCAUCACGACGAUGGCACGUGAGGUAGCCAGGUUCAAUACCCUCCAACAGAAUGCCCAGACGUUAAAUGUCAAUUUAGGCACGAGCGUCUUGACUAGAGCAAAACCGGAAAUUCUCAGGAUCGUCGAACAGCUGAUCGACAAGAUGCAAAGCGAGAUGAGCGAUCUUCUUGUGGAGGUCAUGGAUAUCAUUCUACAUUGCCUCGAUCCAGGCCACUUGAAAAUGAAACCCUUAAACGAAGUAUUCCCGGCAGUGUGUAGAUUUAAUCAAGUCAGUCACUGUCCGGCAACGCGCAGGAUAGCAGUCGGUGGUCGCAAUGGCCAGCUGGCGUUGUACGAAUUGCGAGGUAACGUCAAAUGUCAAACCGUCCCGGCUCAUUCUGCACCAGUCACUGCUUUGGCCUUCUCACCGGAAGGAAAGUUCCUCGUCAGUUAUUCCUGUUCCGAGAACAAACUCUGUUUCUGGCAACAAACUAGCAGCGGCAUGUUCGGUUUGGGCAACUCGCAGACUCGCUGCGUGAAGUCUUACAGUACCGCGCCUAUUAACGACGUGGCCCGGUUAAAUCCCAUGCGUUUGGCACGGUUGAUCUGGAUUAACAAUCGCACGGUCACCCUGAUGCUCGCUGAUGGCUCGGAAACGCGUUUCAACGUUUGAAUGUCCAGCAAGAAUGUCAGCGUGGAGCUGCAGAACGAAUUCGCUCGCAAGCGGAAGCAGUUCGCUCGCUCUUUUGCGUUGGCUGCAUCGAUCGAGCCUGGUUUACACAAACGUCUCUUGGCCGGCGGAUUUUCCACGAGAAAUAAACUAGUUCAACAGCAUUGAAAGUUGAGGAAUGUUUUUGCCAAUGGAUAGAAAAAACCAAAUGAUUCCAUAUUUAUUAUAUCAAGCUUUUAAAAGCAUAUCAAUUUAGUAUUAUUUUGAAUUACGCAAUUAAGUUAGCUGUAAGGGAAUUCUGUGUAAUCCGGGCUCCAGCGCUAACUUCGUUCGUUCUGUGUGAAUCUUUUGAUGUUUAGCUGAUCGAAGCCGUUGGUGCAAGUCUAGUUAAAAUAAUUCGCGUCAACCAGGAGCGCCGUCGCCGAUUCUGGCGCGCUCGUUGGUACUUAAUUGAUAAUACUAGCACUCUGAACAAUUGGGUUUCAUUAUGCACGUAUGGCCGUCCGUUUCUCAAAUCUCACCUACGGUGUCUCGUUUUGUUAGACAAAUUAAACAGUUGUAAAGGCCGAACAGUCCUGCUGCGAAGACCGUAUGUGCGAUGGGGACGCGGAUUAUCGGCAAUAGUUUCUACACGGGUUCCGCGUAAUCCGAGAGAUUGCGCGACGCGAAUUUGUUCCUGAGGAUUCCCCGGGAGUCGUGCUGCUAUCUGUAAGAUACAUAGAUUCGUUGCAAUAGAAAGCUCCGCGAGGCGCUUUAGUUUUAUCAAUGAUCGGGUAUUUUGUCACACAUAGAUACUUAUACGAUAGAUAGUAAGGAUAGUUUCGAUCGAAAAAAUUAUUAGUCGCUUUUAUUGGUUAUCUCGAAGUGAGUGCACGAGUGGAACACGUUCGUGCCGCUGCAUUGUAUUAGCCUGUACAUAUAUAUAUUGCUUGAGGCCGUAUCUUCGACUUUUGGGGAAUCGAGCUCGCGUUUUUUCCUUGUUACUCGCUCCCUUGAUCCUCAUCGGAGCUCCUAGGUUCUCGAAAUUUAGCUUGUUCAUUGAGAAAAUCGAGUUUUAAUUGCAUUUUUCUUUAGCCAGAAGUAAGUGAAUUAGAGGAGAGCGGAAGAGGUGUAUGUAUAACCAGAAGAUCGAGCACUAGAAAAGCUUUUUGCGACCACUCCGUCGCGUCUAACAUCCGUCACGCUGAUUUGACGAAUAUUCCACGAUUGACUAACCGAUAUUAGUAUUUAUUUCAUCACUUAGGGUAAGGCGAGGAGAAUGCGAACGUUCGCUCCUCGAGAUCUAUCGUUUCUUCCGGAAUAGUGAUUUCUCUUUGUUUGUUGCGAGCGGGCGGAGAGUCGCAUGUAUGCGAUAUACGACGUAAGAUAAUUUAUGCAAUUGUUAUGUAUCGUGUCUCCUGCGCGCGGAUUUGAUGUAUUACGCGCACCGCGUGCGCCGUAAAUCGCGUGCAAUAUCUCCCUCUUUCUACAAUUCAAGAUUGCAAGAAUUAGCCGGGAAAAACGGUUCCACCACGAGUGCAUUAUUUAUUUAUACAAGUUUGUAAUUGUAACUUCUUCGAUUUUUGAGGCGCGCGACUUACGGCUCAUUCCGUGCGUUCUCUCGCAAUUGAUGACGGACGAUGAUUUCGUUGCCGAGGUUCGAGUGAUCCCUCAACAGCAUUGUUCUGGUAUUAAUAGAGCUUCAAACUAUCCGCACAGAACAGCGAUUUGAGGCGUCAAUCAGUAAAUAAUCCAAUUUGACAAAAAUUAAUUAAUUUGAUUUCCAUAAAAUUGAAAGGAAAUAAAUCCGAUAAAUAAAAUCAACGACGAAAUCAACGUUCUCGCUCGUUCAUGUUUUAUUUAAACGAUUAGAUCUGAUUGAGAAAUUGAGAAAUUCUAGUCGCUUGCGUCCUGCGAAAAACUGUUCCGAACAGUGUGCGCUUGGUACUUUGCGCCAGAUUUUGAAGGAUUGCUCAACCACCGGGACAACUUGUCGCAACUCGAACGCGGGCGUUACGUCGGGUGUGGAAGCCAUUUGAACACCGCCGCUUCCGCACCGUGCAUGUAUGUACAUAGAACCGAACUGCGCCUAAUUGUAUCUAUAUAUGUAAUUAUUUAUGUGUAUAUUGUACCUCCGAUUGUGCGCGUGCAUUACGCAGCACUCUCUGUCCGGGUUGCCGAGUUCGAUCCGGAGGAGUGGAUUACACCGGAUGACGUGCGAUCAUUCAUCUGUCUCGUUUCGCUUGUAAUUGUCGACGAACGUUAAUAAAAGAAGGAAUUCUGCA